CUUUCCCUUCUGUGCGUUUCUAGAACCAAGACAAAAUCAGAUGUGGGGACUGGCCGAAGCGAAGAAACUGGAAUAAUGUCGCCAGCGUUGCUGUCCCGCUGUCUCGGUGCAGUUCUGGUACUGUUCUGGAACCCGUCGUGGCCCCCGGCCCAUUCGGCUUCAGCGCCUGAGAACGAGGUGACCCACUGGCCCACCGCGUGGUUACCGGAAGGGAAGCUCACCACUGUGACGCUCCCUAAAGGACGCACUCGCAGGAUGUACUUCACACUGAGGAAGGCAGCGGCCAUGUCAGUGACGGUCAGUCCUUGUGACUCACCCAUUGAGUGGAGUCUGGCUGCUCGCACCCUGAAGGACAAACUUCUCAAGAGUCAAGAGUGGAGCUCCAAAAAAAGCAUGCCCGAAAUGUGGUGGAGAGGUCCUGGGACGGAGGAGAAAAUACACACUUUUUCCGGCGGGACAGUGAACACCUACAGUGGUCCGACGUCCCCUCGUGCGUCCAUCUACAUCCUGAGGUUGCGAUCCAAGCUGCAGAGCGGCGGCAGAGCCACCGUGUACCUCCACCAAGGCCCGGGCCUGUCGGGCGUUUUCCCAGCCAUUCCGUCUGACCCCCGAGUACACACGUUGGGCGUGGGGAUGACGAGCGUCACCCUCAGCUGGACUCCCAGCCCCUCCCUGGCUGGUCCCGCUCAGGACAAAUACGACUACUGCGUCCUGGUCAACUCCAAACGCAACUUGCCCAGCCUUUGCGCGGCCCAAGAGAGCGCCAGGGAGGAGACGAAUAAAAACCGAGAGAAGACGGAGAAGAAGAGGACGAUGACGGCAUGGCCCAUCCUGAAGGAGUGGUGGUGGGACCAGUGGGAGGUGGACUUGGAGGAAAAGAGUCCAUCUUCUCAUGGGGAUCUCCGGUGCGCCUGCGAGGGGACAGAGAGCAUCUGCACAGUCUCCGAGCUACUACCUGACACGCCGUACUACUUUGACGUCUUCGCAAGGGACCGAGUGAACGGCACCAGCGCGGCCUAUGAGGGGACCGUCGCCCGGACCCACGGGGAAGCCCGGCCGUCCGUCACCGUGUUGAGGGAAGGCGAAUUGAGGUGGGUCACCUUCCAGGACAGCGGCCCGAGAUCAGAGUCGUUUUUCAGCUUCCGUCCUCGCGGCUCGGAGCAGAGUGGUCUGCUCACCGCGCAGAGCUGCGGAGGGGGCGGCAAAUUCAAGAUCACCGUGUCCGGUAAAGCUCGUGUUUUGACCACCCAGGCCGUGGGGAAGGAAUUGGUACAGAUUUGGCUCCAGGGAAGUCCGCUUUAUCUCAUCCACUUGGAGAGGGAAGGACCCGCCCUGAGCGAGGAGAGCUCCACCGCUGCCUUAGCUGGGGGUCUGAAGGCUUCGGUCAAAUUACAGACCUCGUCGGCGUACCACCGCAAGGGCGUCCCAUCCCUUCCGUCCACCUUGCAAGUCAAAUCCUUCAACCGCUUACGCGGGUGCAACAGUGUCACCUUAGCCUGGAUGGGCACCGAAGAGAGGAGCCUCUACUGUGUGUACCAGCGAAAGCAGGGGGGCCGACGUGACCAGGACACCCUCAACGCAUCCUGCCUGGGACCGGAAUCCCGCUCGGAUACCGAGAGGGUUCUCUGCAAGUAUUUCCAGGAGCUGAACCCGAGGCGGGCCGUGACUACGGCUGUGAUCGGGGGGCUGGAGCCAGGGACCACUUAUGUGUUUGAUGUUUAUUUAAUGAGACGCUGGGGGAUUCCUGUCAAGUAUGCCAGCAAAACAGUCAAGACCAGGAAGGAGUGCUGAGAUGUCGCCCCCUGCAGGAGGGUUGUGGACUAAACUGUAAAGCCUGACCAUGAGAAUGAAGCCAGUUGACUGUUGUGGGGUGG